AUGCCGGAAUCUUUUCUCGACUAUGUCAGAUAUGCUCAACUUGUUGCUCAACUCGGAUUCUUCUCCACCACAUUCUUCUGUUUCAUUCUGAAUGUUUACUCCCACAAUGCUGGAUUUGUCGUCUACAGUACAAGCCGUCCGUUUAAUAUGACUCAAGACGCCGUUACUUGGUUCAUUGUACUCUACACAGGUGUCUAUGCAACUACCAUCUCAAUGCUAUCCGUCCAAUUUUUGUAUCGAUAUUGGGCAAUUUUUGACGAAAAAAAGCUCAGUUUCUUCAAGGGAUGGAGAUUCCUGAUUUGUAUUGCAUACUCGCUAUAUUUUGGUAUUCAGUGGGCGUUAGGGACUUAUUAUUUUGGAAAGAUUGAUGAUUACGCUGAAAAUUACUUGAGACUUGAAAUGAUGCAAAAAUAUAGUACAGAUUUCUCUGAGAUUGCUGGAAUGACAUUAGUCGCCUAUGAUAAAGAUGGCAACAUUAGAUGGUUCAAUAUCUGCUGCACUUUGAAUCAAACCUUUAUUAUGAUGGUUCAAUACUCUGUAAUUAUUUAUUGUGGCAUCUGGAUGUAUAUAGAAAUUGAGGAAAAGAUCGUGACCCCCACAGUAACUCUAUUCUUACCAGUGAUUAUUAUAAUCUAUCUUCCAUUUCUCGAUCUAGAAUGUGAUCUACCAACUGGAAUAUUCCUAUCCGCCUUCACACUCUAUCCAGCAAUGGAUGCUAUCAUAGUCAUGUACAUAGUGGCAGACUAUAGAGAAGCUGCCAAAACCAUGCUAAAAGAAGCUCUGCAUAAAGUGAGCUCCUGGUUGGGUACAGUGGAAACGGAUAAAUCAAGUACACGGGCGCGAUCGACUGCGACAAAUCUUCCAGCUGCUUUGAGUCCUAAUUGA